CGCGCGGGUGCCGGGGCACCCCGGGAGACCUUGGAACCCCUUGGCGCGCCGCAGGACGCGACGGCUGCAGUACAUCCGCCGCGUCGCUGGGGGCCAGCGCUGUCGGACCGAGGAGUCCGAGGUGGCGACUGAGUGAGAUACCCAGCUGUGCGGAGCUAGGACGCGGAACAUCCCGGAGGCCGGCUUCAACAUUGGUGGACUGGGAGGACUACUGGAAGACAGAAGGCCAGCAGGUGGAUUGGGUCGGCUGUUUUAUAGACCUGGUGGUUACAGGCCCCCUGUGAGGGGAGGUCCUGAGGAAGACAAAUUUGUAGCCAGAGCAGGCUGGGGCCAGAACUCCUAGGUUCUGUCCUAGCCUUAAGCAGCUCAUCCAUCACUCCCAGCCUCCCUCCAAUGUGGGGUAGACACCUGGAUCUAUCUGCCCUGCUCUAUAGGGGAUGGGUCUCUUCCAGGUCACCUGUGCCAUCAGGUGAGUGUGGGACAACGUGCAGCCCACCACUCCCCAGUUCCAGUAUGCAUGGUCCCCCUCGCACUCUGUCAGCCUUUCCCUGCCCCAACCCCACCCUCCCUCCUGGCACAGCCCAGCAUGGCUGUUAUCUACAGGAGGAGAGCCACUGUGGUCUGAAGAGAUGCCACUGCCUGGAGACUGGGGUCUUAACCUCCAGCCUGGCACUGAGCCACCUGCAACCUAGCAGCAGGUGACCUUGGCUCCCAGCCUGACUCAGCUAAACCUGGAUCCUGUGCAUAGGCAAGAGCUGACUCUGAGCCCUGGCCCAGCCAAGCUGACCCCUACACUAGACCCUACACACCGGAUGGAGCUGAUCCUGAGUACCAGCCCAGCUGAGCUGACUCUGGAUCCUGCGUGCCAGCCAAAGCUGCCCCUGGAUUCCACACGCCAACCAGAGAUGACCUUCAAUCCUGGCCCAACUGAGCUUACCAUGGAUCCUGAACACCAGCCAGAGGAGACACCAGCUCCUAGCCUGGCUGAGUUGACCCUGGAGCCUGUGCACCGCCGACCCGAGCUCUUGGACGCUUGUGCUGACCUCAUCAAUGAUCAGUGGCCCCGCAGCCGCGCCUCCCGCCUUCACUCCCUGGGCCAGUCCUCAGAUGCCUUCCCCCUCUGCCUGAUGCUGCUGAGCCCCCACCCCACAUCUGAAGCAGCACCCAUUGUGGUGGGCCAUGCCCGCCUGUCACUGGUGCUGAACCAGCCCCAGAGCCUCUUAGUGGAGACAGUGGUGGUGGCCCGGGCCCUGAGGGGCCGUGGCUUUGGCCGCUGCCUCAUGGAGGGCCUGGAGGUCUUUGCUCGGGCCCGGGGCUUCCGCAAGCUGCACCUCACCACCCAUGACCAGGUGCACUUCUAUACCCACCUGGGCUACCAGCUGGGCAAGCCUGUGCAGGGCCUGGUCUUCACCAGCAGACGGCUGCCUGCCACCCUGCUUAAUGCCUUCCCCACAGGCCCCUCUCCCCGGCCACCCUGGAAGGCCCCAAACCUGACUGCCCAAGCUGCCCCAAGGGGUCCCAAGGGACUUCCAUUGCCACCACCCCCUCCUCUACCUGAGUGCCUGACCACCUCACCCCCAGUUCCAUCAGGGCCCCCUUCAAAAAGCCUGCUGGAGACACAAUAUCAAAAUGUGAGGGGGCGCCCCAUAUUCUGGAUGGAAAAAGACAUCUGAGGCCAUCCAGGGCAAGGAACUGUCUUUCUGGGUCAAUAGACUGCCCUGGACAGUCUAUAAGCCUCAGCCCACUGACCAUACCUCAGCCCCCUAGCCCCUGGGGGGCAGCUUUAGCCUGGGCAUGUUUCCUGGGUACCAGUGGGGCCAGGAGGUGGCUCUGGCUCAGAGCCGUCAGUGUGGCUGAAUAAAGCCUCUGUUGGGU